AUGGGGCAGCAGGUGGGCCGCGUCGGGGAGGCUCCGGGGCUUCAGCAGUCGCAACCCCGCGGGAUACGGGGCAGCAGCGCAGCCAGGCCCUCCGGUCGCAGGCGGGACUUGGUGGGGCGCACCGCAGAGGCCGGCUUCAAUAUCUUCACCCAGCAUGAUCACUUUGCCAGCUGUUUGGAGGAUGGAUUUGAGGGAGACAAGACUGGAGGCAGUAGUCCAGAAGCCUUGCACCGCCCCUAUGGUUGUGAUGUUGAACCCCAGGCCCUGAACGAAGCCAUCAGGUGGAGCUCCAAGGAGAACCUGCUCGGAGCCACCGAGAGUGACCCUAAUCUCUUUGUUGCACUUUAUGAUUUUGUAGCAAGUGGUGAUAACACACUCAGCAUCACUAAAGGUGAAAAGCUCCGAGUCCUUGGUUACAACCAGAAUGGUGAGUGGAGCGAAGUUCGCUCUAAGAAUGGCCAAGGCUGGGUGCCAAGCAACUACAUCACCCCUGUGAACAGCCUGGAAAAACAUUCCUGGUACCAUGGACCUGUGUCUCGCAGUGCAGCAGAGUACCUACUCAGCAGUCUAAUCAAUGGCAGCUUCCUGGUGCGAGAGAGUGAGAGCAGCCCCGGGCAGCUGUCAAUCUCGCUCAGGUACGAGGGGCGUGUAUAUCACUACAGGAUCAAUACCACCACAGAUGGCAAGGUAUAUGUAACUGCUGAGAGCCGGUUCAGCACCUUGGCCGAGCUUGUUCACCAUCACUCCACAGUGGCUGAUGGGCUGGUGACAACCCUACACUAUCCGGCUCCCAAGUGUAAUAAGCCUACAGUCUACGGUGUGUCCCCCAUCCACGACAAGUGGGAAAUGGAACGAACAGAUAUUACCAUGAAGCACAAACUUGGGGGUGGUCAGUAUGGAGAGGUUUACGUUGGCGUCUGGAAGAAAUACAGCCUUACAGUUGCUGUGAAAACGUUGAAGGAAGAUACUAUGGAGGUGGAGGAAUUUCUCAAGGAAGCUGCAGUGAUGAAGGAAAUCAAGCAUCCUAACCUGGUACAGCUAUUAGGUGUGUGUACCUUGGAGCCACCAUUUUACAUUGUGACUGAAUACAUGCCUUAUGGGAACUUGCUUGAUUAUCUCCGAGAAUGCAACCGAGAAGAGGUGACUGCAGUUGUGCUGCUUUACAUGGCCACUCAGAUCUCAUCUGCAAUGGAGUAUUUAGAGAAGAAGAAUUUCAUCCAUAGGGAUCUUGCAGCUCGGAAUUGCCUGGUGGGAGAAAACCACGUGGUGAAAGUGGCUGACUUUGGCUUAAGUAGAUUGAUGACUGGAGAUACCUAUACUGCUCACGCUGGAGCCAAAUUUCCUAUUAAGUGGACAGCACCAGAGAGUCUUGCCUACAAUACCUUCUCAAUCAAAUCUGACGUCUGGGCGUUUGGGGUGCUCUUAUGGGAAAUUGCUACAUAUGGAAUGUCACCAUAUCCAGGUAUUGACCUGUCUCAGGUCUACGAUCUACUGGAAAAAGGAUACCGAAUGGAGCAGCCUGAAGGAUGUCCCCCUAAGGUGUAUGAACUUAUGAGAGCAUGCUGGAAGUGGAGCCCUGCCGACAGGCCCUCUUUUGCAGAAACACAUCAAGCUUUUGAAACCAUGUUCCAUGACUCUAGCAUUUCUGAAGAGGUUGCUGAGGAGCUUGGGAGGGCCGCUGCCGCCUCAUCUGUGGUUCCGUAUCUGCCCCGACUGCCUCUGCUCCCUUCCAAGACCCGGACGCUGAAGAAGCAGGGGGAGAACAAGGAGAACAUCGAGGGGGCACAAGAUGCCACAGAAAAUUCUGCUUCUAGUUCAGCACCAGGGUUCAUUAGAAGUGCACAGGCCCCCAGUGGGUCCCCAGCACUGCCUCGAAAGCAGAGAGACAAGUCACCCAGCAGCCUCUUGGAAGAUGCCAAAGAGACAUGCUUCACCAGAGAUAGGAAGGGAGGCUUCUUCAGCUCCUUUAUGAAAAAGAGAAACGCUCCCACACCCCCCAAACGCAGCAGCUCCUUCCGAGAAAUGGAGAACCAGCCCCACAAGAAAUACGAAUUGACGGGGCUUCCAGAGCAGGAUAGGAUGGCAAUGACCCUUCCCAGGAACUGCCAGAGGUCCAAACUCCAGCUGGAAAGGACAGUGUCCACCUCUUCUCAGCCAGAAGAGAAUGUGGACAGGGCCAAUGACACGCUUCCAAAAAAAUCAGAGGAAGGUGCCGCUCCGACCAGGGAGAGACCAAAAGCCAAACUUUUGCCCAGAGGAGGCACCGCUCUUCCUCUCAGAACCCCUACUGGGGAUCCAGCCACUACAGAGAAGGAUUCUCCAGGGUUGGGGGUGGCUGGAGUGGCAGCUGCCCCCAAGAGCAAGGAGAGGAAUGGUGGGGCGCGACUUGGCAUGGCUGGAGUCCCAGAGGAUGGCGAGCAGACCGGCUGGGCUUCUCCAGCCAAGACUGCUGCGGUCCUCCCAACCACUCAUAACCACAAAGUGCCCGUCCUUAUCUCACCCACUCUGAAGCACACUCCAGCUGACGUGCAGCUCAUUGGCACAGACUCUCAGGGGAAUAAAUUCAAGCUCUUAUCAGAGCAUCAGGUCACUUCCUCUGGAGACAAGGACCGACCCCGCCGGGUAAAACCAAAGUGUGCCCCACCCCCACCACCAGUGAUGAGACCACUGCAGCAUCCGUCCGUGUGCUCAGACUCCACGGAAGAGCCAGUCGCCCCGACUGCAGUCCAGCCCAAGUCAGAAACACAGGAGGGAGGGAAAAAGGCGGCUCCAGGGUCGGUGCCCAUCAGUGGGAAAGCUGGGAGGCCUGGGAUGCCUCCACCUCAAGUGCCUCUGCCCACAUCUUCCAUCUCGCCAGCCAAAAUGGCCAACGGCACAGCAGGUACUAAAGUGGCUCUGAGAAAAACCAAACAGGCGGCCGAGAAAAUCUCAGCCGACAAAAUCAGCAAGGAGGCCCUGCUGGAAUGUGCUGACCUACUGUCCAGUGCAAUCACGGAACCUGUGCCCAACAGCCAGCUGGUGGACACUGGCCACCAGCUGCUCGACUACUGCUCAGGCUAUGUGGACUGCAUCCCCCAAACUCGCAACAAAUUUGCCUUCCGAGAGGCUGUGAGCAAACUGGAACUCAGCCUGCAGGAGCUGCAGGUGUCUUCCGCAGCCGCUGGCGUGCCCGGGGCAAACCCUGUCCUUAACAACUUACUGUCGUGUGUACAGGAAAUCAGUGAUGUGGUGCAGAGGUAG